GGCCCAGCCCAGCCCCCCGGCCCAGCCCGGCCCCCCGGCCCGGCCCCCGCGCAGGGCGGGCGGAGGCGGAGCAGCUGCACCUGCCGGGCCGUGCGGGGCGGUGCGGGGCCGUGCGGGGCUGGCGGGGCGAUGCCGGCGGCCACGGCGCCGGGGCUGGACGUGCCGCGCUCUGCCGCGCCCGGGCGGGACAGCGGGGACCCCCGCGGAUACACAGGGCAGUGCAGCCGCGUCUCCCCUCCCCAGCUGGGGACACUGCAGAUCCUGCACGGCAACGGCACGGCCCUGGGGACAGUGAUCACCUUCCAGUGCUCUGCUGAGCACCAGCUGGAAGGGCCGGGGGUCAUCUCCUGCGUUUGGGAAGGGAACAGCACCCGGUGGACAGCUGGAGUGCCCUCUUGCAAGCCCAUAUCAAAAUAUGAGACAUUUGGAUUUAAGGUUGCAGUGACUGCCUCCAUCGUGAGCUGUGCUAUCAUUCUGCUGAUGUCCAUGGCUUUUUUAACUUGUUGUCUUAUCAAGUGUGUGAAGAAAAGCGAGAGGAGGAGGACUCAAAGAGAUAUGCAGCUGUGGUACCAGCUCAGGACUGAAGAACUAGAGCACAUGCAAGCUGCUUACUUUGGUUUUAAGGGAAGAAACAAUAACAACAACACCAAGAAACUCAGGAAUAAAUCCGUAUUUGCUGAUGUGACUGACAUGGCAUACGAUAACCAAGGCUUCUGCAGGUUCCAGGAGGAGUGGGCUCAGGACACCAGAGCUCCUGGGUGUUGCAAAGCCAAGGAUCACCCACCUGGGUUAGCCAGGAGCAGUCGAGCUCCCGUGAAGCAGGCGGUGCUGGGGAGCAGCCCCGCGGCACCCGCAGUCGGUGCCAUCCACGUUAUUGAAGUCUGUGGACAUAAGGAGAGUUGCAACAGACCAAGCUGCCAGGUACCUGGGUAGCUGGUGUCUGAACUACAGCUGCUCCUCUGGACCAAAAUCAAAUCUGUAUAGAAAUAUGUGCCUUAAAGACAAGACAGAAAGUUAAUUAUUCAUAUGGAUUGGAAAGUUUUCUAUAUCCGAAGAUGGUUGUUUAACAGAAAUGCUUCAAGGUCCAAUAAGAAAAUAAAAGAGUGACUGUUGAGGCCAGCAGUCCAUAGCCAUUCCCUGUGGUGGGCUCUCUGUUGUGACCAUGGCAAAAGCAUAACAUCAUUUUUCUGCACACCCAGAGAGAAGUGGUGCCACUUUGGAUACUUGUCUCAUACAAACUCACUGAUGAUAAUUACACAUUUGAUUGCAACCUUCUUUUAACCAGUGCUUUUUGUAAGCAUUUCAAAGUGAAAAGUCCCCCAUAUUUUUACACAAUAGUAUGGUAGAACUGCAAUAAAAUGUUGCUUUUAAGUAAAA